AGAGCGCGUUUGGCACAGCGUGGAUUUUACGCACGUCUGACACAUUUAGCCUUGAGAUAAAUUAAAAGGAGGAGAAGAGGAGAAGACAUGGCGGCGCAGAAGAGGCGAAAGAACCGACUCUGAACGGCUCAAAGAUGGAGGACGACCUGGCUUCAGAGGAUGAUAUCUUGCUGUGCUCGGAGAAGCAGUUUCACGACGCAGCCAAGAGGAACGACACCAAGAAGAUGGAAGAGCUCAUCAAGAAGGGCGUCGACCCCAAGGCCAAGAACAAAGUCGAUCGUAAACCUCUGCACUGGGCGGCCGGAGCUGGGAGUGAAGACGCCAUGAAGUUCCUCCUUCAACACGACACCGACGUGGACGAGCAGGACUCUUACGGGAUGAACCCUCUGCUCCUCGCCUCUUGGUUUGGGCACCUCAAAGUCCUGCAGAUUCUAGUGUCGUGUGGAGCCAAACUGAACUGUGAAAACAAAGACGGUCUGAGCAUGCUCCACUGUGCGGCGCAGAGGGGUCACGUCCACAUCCUGGAGUUCAUUAUGGAAGAUCUGGAAGGAAUUCAGCUCGACCACAGCAACAAGUCUGGAAAAACUGCUCUGCACCUCGCUGCCGAACAGGGACAACUUGAAGUGGUGGAUUUUCUGAUCGGAAUGGGCUGCAGACAUGGACUGAAGGACAAGGAUGAAAACACAGCGAUGCAUUUAGCAGCGAAACACGGCCACAGCGAUGUCCUGCACAAACUGACAGAGAUGGGCCUGGACGUGGAUGACAGGAACAUCGACGGGUUGACGCCGCUGCACUUUGCCGCUGAUGGAGGCCACUCUCUGUGUGUGCGGCUCCUCAUAGAGUCCGACUGCAACAUCAACGCUCUCACCAAUAAAAACAGAAACGCUCUGCACUUUGUGGCUGAACGCGGCUGGGAUCGAGAGGCCGGUUUAUUGAUCGAGGCUGGGAUCAAUAUCGAUGCUGUGGACAAUCAGAACACCUCCCCUCUCCACCUGUCUGUGUCCCACAAUCACACUGAGGUGGCUCGGACCCUCAUCGCCGCAGGAUGUGACCUCGACAUCACUGAUAAUCGACAGCAGACGGCUUUGCACAUCGCAGCUGAAAACGGCUCCCAGGACUUGGCGGAAAUGAUGCUGAUUUCUGGAGUUAACCUGAAUUUAACCGACAAACAGGGUAAGUCGUGUGUGGAGGUGGCGUCCAGAGCCAACCACGUGGCCCUGGUGGACAUGAUCAUCAAAGCAGAUCGUUUUUACAAAUGGGAGAAGGACCAAGUGAGUGUAGAUCCAGACUGGUGCCUGUGUCGUCCUCUGUCAUUCAAACAGGACAGGAGCUCAGAGACGCAGCACAUCCGCUCUGUGCUGUGGGGUUUGUCCAGCAGACGUCUGUGCAGAGGAGAGUGGAGACUGCUGGCCCAACACUGGAGCUUUACAGAUGCUCACAUACGGGCCAUAGAGCACCAGUGGACCGGGAUGAAGAGUUACAAAGAGCACGGACACAGGAUGCUGCUGAUCUGGCUCCACGGCGUCGUGACGGCGGGAGACAACCCCGUCAAAGGCCUGUACGAGGGGCUCGUGGAGAUACAGCGCACGGAUUUAGCAGAGUCUGUGCGACAAAAGGCCAACGCAGACACUAGCUCUCCCAAAAAGUGCUCCACCAUGUGACCAACGCUAACACUAACUGCAGGAGAAACAAACGGACCAACAACAAAUGGACCCAUUUACACGACUGUGAGGUGAACGGUUCAUCUCAAAAUCCACAGCCCUGCGACACACUACAGGCUGUGGACAAAAAGCACAAAUAACUUUUUAAGCACAUUUCAUUGCUGCGGUGUAAAAACUGGACUUUUAUGGAUUAUUGGUUCAAUUCCUCCAGCUACAACAGUGAGUAGUGCCCUCCUUUAGCAAGACACUUCCCUCACUCGCCUAAAUAAGUUAGUGUGAGUGAUGAUUGGCGGGUGCAGACAUCAAAGAUGCAAAAUGGCCGCCGCGUUUUUGUCAGUUUGUCCCGGGGCAGCUGAGUUUGUCUCUGGUCGAUGGAAAAAGAGCUAAGUAGCACCGCUGUAUUCAGAUAAAAUGUAAACAAAAGUAAAUAUUGAUAAUUUGCAGCUGAUCAUCAACAUUCCCUCGGGGUGUGAUGCUAACUGUAAGCACUUCUGUGUCUGAAGCUCUGUUACUCAAGUUAGACUUUAAUCUGAGCUUUGUUUUAACACAAUCUGACCAGAAAGAACUGACUUUACCGGGCUACAACAGGUGAGUUUUGAGCUGUUAAACACGUCUCUCACAGAUAACAUUAGUCAAAAGCUAGCAUUAGCAUUAGCAUUAGCCAACAGUUUUUCAGUUAGUCACUCUCACAUUUUUCUUAAAUUCCUCCUAAACAGGACCAUGAACACUCGGAUUAAUCACAGGCUCCUGAAAAUGUCCUCCUUAAGUUCAUCUUGUAUUUUUUUUUUCUUAAAUCGUAUUAGCAGUAUUUGCUAAUCACAUGGAAAAAAAAAAAAAAUCUACUUAAGUAAAAGUAUUUAACUACCUUGAGAGUAAAAAGUAAAAGUAUUUCACACAAGUAUUGUUCAUUUGUAAAUUAUAUUAAUAAAAAAAUGAGACAUAUUUUGUUCAACAGUAACAAUAUGAAUCCAUUUCUUAUUUUUUCUUCUGAUUUUUGUGUUUAUUUUUGUUUUGCUCAAAGCUGAAGCUUGAACUUGAAAAGUUAGUCAGGACGUUUCCAUGAACAUGGUAAAAAUAACCCCUCAAAUCAAGUACUUUUUACUUUUCAGUCCAGUUCAAAAAUGUAGUGGAGUAGAAAGUACAGAUACUGCUCUCAAAUGUACUCAAGUAAAAGUAAAAAGUAUUCACUGUAAAAUGGACUUAAGUAAAGUACAGAUACUUAAAAUUUAUACCUAAGUGCUUUACUACUUUUACGUCGUUACCUUCCACUGCUGCUUUUGCUUUUGCCUAACAUCUGUUUGAUUAAGCAGAGAUUACGCUCAUGGCUUAGUCUGUGCCUCCCUCUUAUUUGUGCUGUUCUUCUUGGGCAGCUCUGUAAAUACGACAGACUCACACCUUUGUUUGAUGAGACAUAAAAAGCACACGUCACAAAACCAGCGUCUUCACCACCGAGCUCCUUCUGCCCCUAAUCCACAGGGUUUACACCUACAGCACUUAAAAACGUUUGUCUAUCGUCUGUGUCGUUAUAUCCUGUUUAAAUUAAAGCUCUUUCUCAUGUUUAUAAAGUCCUAUAUUACACAAAAUGUACUCUUGUAGCUUUAAUCCUUGUUAGAGCAUUGUUAGCACAUCAAAAACAGACAUUAGAAUUAAAACAUUAGAAAACGGCAUAAUAUGGGCGUUUUAAACUUUACCAAAUUAGCACAAUACUGAAUAUAUAUGAAUAAUUAAAAUUUUAAAGCAAUAUUGUCAUAAUUAGGGCUACUCUAAGUUUAUCUUGUCGCCGUUUUUGACAUAGAAACAGCAAACAUUAUGCAGUUGCUGUCAUACUUAUGUCUGGCACUAUAAUGUACAGCAGUGUUGCAUGGGACUUGUUUGGCAUGAAAGAAAUGAAUUACAGAUACAGUAUUGUUCACAUGUUUUUUGUAAAUAUACAGAAAUAGACUAUAUUUGUAUAAAGACAUGGUUUCAUAUGGUAAAUUUCUGUCAGCUGCUGCAAAAAUCUAUGUUUUGUGUUUGCAUGUGGAAACACUGGAUGCCUUUGUCCUGCCUAUAACUGAUCUCAAAAUGCAAUAAUUUAUGUGUGUGCAAAGCAAAAACGGAUGCAUGUGCUGUUUAAACGCCAAUAAACUUAAAUGUCCAAAGACCAAAUAAACGCUAAGGAAAUAUUUGAACAAUAC